UAAGUUUUAAAUAGGAAAUACAGUAGUGAAGAAGUUAUAUCGAAAUAUUAGAGAAAAAGCAAUGGCAACAACGAAUAAUAUGAUAAUCAAAGCAAAUUAAAUCCACUAAUCAGCUGCCACCUUUACUAGUCUUAUAUUUUUUUUAAAGAAGAUUUCACUUAUAUACACUGACAAUAUAUUGUGCAUAAUACCAUUCACACAUACAUAAACGGUAUCCUCAUUCACACAUUCUAUUGUGCAUAAAAUCAUCCGCACAUACAUAAAUUCCUACGUAACAUAAUACAAGUAUUAUUUAAAAUCACCAAAAAAGAACAUCGGAUUAGUUACGAGACAAUUAUUUAUUAUACGCUGACAAUGUAUAGUAGUUAAACUCUGAAAUGAACCAACAACUACAAUCCAUGAGUCUUCUUUCUCAGUCAAAAAUUGAUGCAAACAUGUUAAAACUUGGGAAAAAAUGCAUGUUUAACCUUCAUGCUAAGCAAGGUUAGGUGAAUGACAGCAACUUUGAACAUCAACAACCUUUGCAUAGUCAAUCAACUUAUUAUAGUAUAGAGUUAUUGAUUGCCAAAUGAAAAAAUAGAAGAACACAAAUAGUACCAACAUUUUGUGUUCUUUUUUCUCUGUUAAGUUGAAUGAAACAUACAAUGCAACUCCUUAUAUCGCCGAGUUUGAGGCAUGUUACUGUCCUCCCAGCUAAAGGAUUCAAGGAGUUUGUCAAAGUAAAAGUUGGUUCGAGGAGAAUAUCGUACCUCAUGGUCUUCUAUUCGCUUCUGCUUUUUACGUUUCUUCUCAGGUUUGUCUUCGUGUUAACGGCCGAAGACACCAUAGAUGGAGAACGAAAAUGUUCCACGCUAGGGUGCUUGGGGAGAAAAAUUGGACCAAGGAUUUUGGGGUCACAGCUCGAAUCAACAGUACCUGAAGUGAUAUAUCAAGUAUUGGAGGAACCUACAGACCAGAUUGAAAUCGAAGAAGGGCCGGAAACUCCUCAAUCGUUGGAAGAGUUUAUGGAAGAAAUGAAGGACACAAGGCCAGAUGCAGAAACUUUUGCUGUCAAGCUUAAAACUAUGGUAACACUCCUUGAACAAAGAACAAGAACUGCCAAGAUUCAAGAAUACCUUUAUCGGCAUGUAGCAUCUAGUGGCAUCCCGAAACAGCUGCACUGCCUUGAUCUCAAGCUAGCACAUGAGCACUCCAUCAACGCCAAUGCCCGUCUCCAGUUACCAUCACCGGAACUUGUUCCCGCCCUUGUUGAUAAUUCAUACUUCCAUUUUGUCCUAGCCUCUGACAAUAUUCUUGCUGCUUCUGUUGUUGCAUCAUCGCUUGUCCAGAACUCUUUCCGCCCUGAGAAAGUUGUCCUUCACAUUAUCACGGAUAGCAAAACCUUCUCACCGAUGCAAGCUUGGUUUUCGUUACAUUCUUUGACACCUGCAAUCAUCGAGGUUAAAGCGUUGCACCAUUUCGAUUGGUUAACAAAGGGAAAGGUCCCAGUUCUGGAAGCAAUGGAGAAAGACCAAAAAGCAAGAUCACAAUUCAGGGGAGGGUCAUCAGCAAUUGUAGCGAACACAACCGAAAAGCCUCAUAUCAUUGCAGCAAAACUGCAAGCACUCAGUCCCAAAUACAAUUCUCUGAUGAACCACAUAAGGAUAUACUUGCCAGAGUUGUUUCCCAGUCUUGAUAAGGUAGUCUUCCUGGACGAUGACAUUGUCAUUCAAACCGAUCUUUCAUCUCUAUGGGACAUUGACAUGAACGGGAAGGUGAAUGGAGCGGUAGAGACAUGCAGGGGAGAGGACAAGUUUGUGAUGGCGAAGCGCUUUAAAAGCUAUCUGAAUUUUUCUCAUCCUCUCAUAUCGAACAACUUUGAUCCUAAUGAAUGUGCAUGGGCCUAUGGCAUGAACAUUUUUGAUCUAGAAGCAUGGAGAGAAACAAAUAUAAGUGAGGCAUACCACUACUGGCUCGAACAGAACUUGAAGUCAGAUCUAAGUUUGUGGCAGCUAGGAACAUUACCUCCGGGACUAAUUGCAUUUCAUGGUCAUGUCCAUGCUAUCGAUCCCUUUUGGCACAUGCUAGGACUCGGGUACCAAGAUAACACGAGCAUCCCAGAUGCUAAGAGUGCAGGUGUGAUCCACUUCAACGGUCGAGCAAAACCUUGGUUAGAUAUAGCGUUCCCUCAACUUCGAUCCCUGUGGACAAAGUACGUUAACUUCUCCGAUAAAUUUAUCAGAACCUGUCAUAUUAGAGCAACUUGAAAUAAGGCAAGGGAUUUGUUAACCAUGUUGCUUGUAAUCAAGAAACGAAAUUUUGAGAGAGGUGGGUGAUCCAUGCAUAGAAGGUCUCCUCCACUCCCUAACGCGAGAUUGGCAACAGCUCCCCGGCCUGACAUUCUUGAACACCUCAAAGCUACUACAAUCUCUGGUUCCCGGAAUGUAUUUUUAUACUGUAGUUAGAUAUUAUACAAUGUACAUGGUUCACCAAAAUAAUACUUGCAAAGAUAAUAAAAAAGGAUACUCUUCCAAAUUCAAUUUAGGUGGCGUAGUUUGUGUAUCUAGAAGCAUGCCAUUAAGGAUAAAAAGAUUGACGUAAAAUUGUUCAAAAAAAAAGUAGUAAGAUGUCAUUCUUUUAAAUGACAGACUAAUUAAGAAAUAAAGCCACAUAAAUGGAAUGGAGGGAGUCUCAAUCUUCCAUUUCAGUAUAAUCAUUCAGAGUAUGUAAGGAACAGAAGGUCCUAAAAGAGAAUGAAAUUACCAAACAGACGUAAGGAAAGAACGAGGGCAGUAAAUGAACUUCAUCCGCCCUACCAUGAAUGACCAUGAAGUGCGCUUAAUCCACAUAUAACACGUACCAAAUCCCUGGGAGCUACACAAACAAAAAACUUCUCAGAGAGUUCUCAUUAAUUACAUGAUAUAGAUAAAAGCAAAUGUAAGUACAUUCAAAUGAAUUGUUGGCUUGCACCUUUUUCCUGUUACAUUUGACACCAAAUCCUCCAAUAAUCCUGUGGAUUCUGCAAUUAGAAAACUCAAGGCUAAAUGCAGUGAUACAAGACAUUUCAACCUUUUAAACUUUCAAGAACUCAGUGAUCUUUGUGAUUGGAAAAUGUCAAACACUCAAAAACAUUACCUAUAUAUCCCUUGUUGGUCCGGAGAGACAGGAGACUAGCUUAGUCUUUCAAUGGUUAGGUUAUUGAUUCAAGAACACAAAGUAUCCCUGUUUUCGCUAGGUAAAAAGGGGUAGAAAAAAAUGCCUUGAGCCAAUAUUCGAAUACCAAGCGCUAAUAGCGCUAUACUUUCAGUAUCUAAUACAUUCCAUUUAACCACUAGAACCCCCAUCUAUCACACAUUUAGAGAUCACACCUUUUCUUUGUUCCUCAAAAUCAUAAUACCACACAGCUAAUCAAAGCUGCUCACUUCUUCCAACUCUUUUGAGAUGGAAAAAUUUUGACAGCACUGUCACCGGGUUAUCGCAGCUUAGCUCCCCCACCCAAAACACGCACACACACACAAACUGAAGUCACGCAACAUAGAAGGAAGAAAUAACAAAGAAUUUAAUCAGGACAGAAAAGAAUGAAUAUGUAAAUGCCAGGUUGAACCUGCUAAAAUUUACAGUUGAUAAAACCAGCAUUUAACACAUUAAAA